AUGGCGGCACAAAUUCUAGUCAUGAUUACGACCUGGAUGAAAACUUAUAGUGCUCUUUGCAACUUGAAACGACUUCGGGGUGGGACAGGCCUUACGGGACCUAUUCUCCGGGACGGAUUUCUAUGUUUCUUCAAUGUGUUCAUGUUUAACGUGAUGACACUGAUCGGCGAUAUGGCAUACGGUCUCACUACAAAUCUCGCAGAUCUUGCGGCGCUGGAGGCGAUCCUUUUGUCUCGAUUCAUGCUCGACCUUCGCACCGCCGCUUCCAAACCCAUUUCUGGGAUCUCUAUUCAAACUUCAAUUACAUUGAAUGUGGUUGAAGAGAUGGGCGCCCAUUUUGACGACGCAUAUUUUGGCAGCAUGGAGUAG